GAUCUCGUAAGAUUUGUGAAGCUGUAGAAACAUUAAAAACAAAGAUGUCGGUUGCAUUGGAGGAAGAGGAGCAGGUGCUCACCGUGCAUAAGACAGAUAGUGCAACUAUCCUCAUCCUUCUUGGAAUCCUUCUACUAACGAUUCUGACGAUCUGGCUCUUCAAACACCGCCGGCUUCGAUUCGUGCAUGAAUCUGGUCUGUCCAUGAUCUACGGUAUGAUUGUGGGUAUGGUCAUCCGCUAUGGGAGUUCAGCCAGCACGGAGACACCAGAAGUGAUGCUUAGUGGAAAUGAUACAUUCUACGCAUUUCAGCCACCAUCAUCUCUAAUCCUCAAUUUGAAAUCUGAAGAAAAUGAUACAAACAAAGCUCAUUCUCUUAAGUACAAUCUCUGGGGAAUGGUCAACGAGAAUGCGGAAAUGGCUCCCAUUGUUCGUGCGGUAACUUUUGACCCAGAAUUCUUUUUCAACAUCAUGCUGCCUUUCAUUAUAUUUGAGGCCGGUUACAGUAUGAAACGGAGACAUUUUUUCCGAAAUUUUGGAGCCAUAAUGACAUAUGCUUUCAUUGGAACAACUAUAUCUUGUUGUGUGGUAGGAGGGAUAAUGUAUGGACUCACGAGGUUGAUGGAUAUCACUUUUAGUUUAAAUGAUUGUUUUUUCUUUGGAGCAAUAAUCUCGGCUACAGAUCCAGUGACAGUGCUGGCUAUAUUUAGUGAUCUGAAGGUAGAUGUGGAUUUGUUUGCCUUUGUGUUUGGAGAGAGUGUUCUCAAUGACGCUGUAGCUAUUGUAUUGUCUGAGUAACUUAAGAAGUAUCAGCCGGAGGGCGUGAAUACCCAUGGUUUUAGUGCCAAUGCUUUUUUCAAAUCUCUCGGAAGCUUCGUUGGGAUAUUUGCCGGAGCGUUUGCCAUUGGUGCUUUUAUUGGCUGUCUGACAGCUAUACUUAACUCCAAUCACAUUACUAAAUUCACGAAGAUCCGGGACUUUCCCCUGCUGGAGACGGCCUUGUUCUUUCUCAUGUCAUAUAGUACAUUCCAGGCUGCUGAGGCUGCAGGACUCACAGGAAUUGUAGCAGUGCUGUUCUGUGGGAUCACACAGGCACAUUAUACCUUUAACAACUUAUCAGUUGAAUCAAAACAGAGGACAAAACAGUUAUUUGAGCUGACAAACUUCCUGGCAGAAAAUUUUGUCUUUCUCUAUGUGGGUGUGUCUAUAUUCACAUUCCAUGCACAGAAGUGGCAUGCUGGCUUCAUCCUCUCUACCUUCCUUGCCAUUAUAACAGCAAGGUUUUGCAAUAUCUAUCCAUUGUCUUUGUUGCUCAAUCUUGGUCGACGGAAAAAAAUCAAAAGUUCCUUCAUGAACAUGAUGAUGUUUUCUGGUCUCCGAGGGGCCAUUGCUUUUGCCCUCUCCAUCCGGAACACAUCCUCAGAAGCUAGACGACUGAUGGUGUCCUCAACAAUGAUGGUUGUCCUGGUGACCGUCGUCAUCUGUGGUGGAUUUACCACACCUAUGUUACAGUGGCUGCAGAUCAGGGUUGGUGUUGAAGAUGACCAAGAGGCUACAGAUGGUUCCAGUAUUAGAACAGCUUCUUCGCGACAGCGUCAAUACAGCUCCAUGGAAAGUCCGGUGGCGGAGACGCCCACUUUUUCCAACGAUCUGGCUCAGGAAUACUUAGAUGAAAGUAGCAUGCCAGAACAGCCAGAAUCCCCGUUACUGGAGGGAGGAUCCACCGUGGAGAUCAGUCAGUUGAGGAAGCCACGUGAUGCUAAAGCUUGGUUGGUGGCUCAGUGGCAUAGCUUUGAUGUCAGAUUUAUGAAGCCGUUUCUGACUCACUGUCGCCCAACACUGAUGGAGACGUCACCAGCCUGUUGUAUGCCGUUGGCACGUCUACUGACCACUGACGAACAGCUACAGGGGAGUGACCCCACGAAGGACACCGACUCCGACAUAGAUAUGAUUAUAGACCACCGAGAACUCUCCAUUGGCGAAGAUACAAUUAGUACGGUUUCACAAAGUCAACCAUAUACGAGCACAGAACCCACGUCACAGGGUUACAAGGAAGACUGUACAUCCGGUGACCUAGGUAUGGGACAAAGGGAGGAUCAUCUAAACAUGAGAGUCAACCUGCCAGGACCACAGGGGCACAGAGUCUGAACUUUGACCUUCAAGAUCAAGAGCAUGCCAUUCAGCCUAGCCUUUAUUUUUUGCAUCAAUCUGUGAAAAGAGAGAUGUAAAAUUUUGAAUCAGGGUUCAUAAUAUAUAUGACCCUUUAACCUCUGAUUGUGACCUUUUGACUUAUGAUUGUGACCAUGAAAUUGAGGUUACAAAGUGUGACCCUUUGACCUUUCAAGGUGACCAUGAAAGUUAUUUAAAAGACACUGUGAAGCUAAAUAUAUAUGUAUAUAGAAUGGUUGAAGUGAUAGAUUUGUCAUAGAUGUGUUGAAUUUGACCAAGAAGUGGGUUUAACUAAAAAGCAUGACCUAAAAAUGCAAAGGUCAUAGGUGAAAAGUCAAAGUGUAUUUUCAUUCAAGUUAUGUGGACACUUAUGUGCAACACUUGAAUCUGCAGGUUAUGUGUGUCAUGUGAUCUAUCAAUCCCAGAGAACCAUUCUAUCGAAAGAACACAGGAUGAACAACACCCAAGGCACAUGUCAAUGACCUUUGAACUCAUCUGUUACCAAGGCAGGAUUUGAAUGAAAGACUCGGGGAGUAAAUCCCUGUGGCUAAAUCAAAUGUGAUGAUGAGAAAGUGAGCUUGUUUGUUUACUAAUUGUGUAACUGAUGAUUGAAGAGCUUCUGCCUGUUGUAAUGAAGACUAAACAGGUGUUGAAAGUGUGAUUGAAUGUAUAUAAUCUCAUGUAGAACAAAUUUAUCUCUUUGUUUCAUUAGAAAUCUUUAGAUAUUUAAGUUGUUUUAUUUGUCAUAACACAAUAUCGUCAUUUCUUAACAGGUACCUUUCACUAUUUAUA